GCAAGAACCGGUGCAGAAGGCCAAGUGUAAUAACUGUAAUUUGCUUGCAGUAACUGUAAUGAAAUAAAAUAACGUCUAAUUAUAAAAAAAAAAUUAAAUAUGGAUAAGAAUUUAUCAUUAAUCGUGCAAUAAAAAAAAAAAAAAAAUACAUUUAAUCAGAUCUUUAUUUGGGAACAUUUUUAUGAAGUAACUUGUUUAUGUCCAAUUACGUGGGCCUCCAGACACCUUGAUACAGCACUGUUACGCACCUUUUGAUUAAAGAUGGAGGAGCCGAGUAACGAGAAGUUCUUGUCGAGAAGACGUUCCGCUGUAAUUAAAUCUUUUAAAGUGAAGGAUGAACGAGUCGCUACUUUCAAAAAGGUGGCUGCGAUUCUGCAAAAACCUGAAAUUGACAGAACGCCGGAGGAAGUGGAUAUACUCGUCUCUUGUAGUGACGUAGUGAAGGAGGUUAAUUUAAGACAAGAAAAAAGGGAUAGGGUUAAAGCAAGAUUGGAAGAAAUUGAGGAUGUACCAGAGAUUUUGGAAGAAAAAUGUAUUAGAUUGGCUGCUGCUAUUAGCAGAGCUACUUCUCUUGCCGUGUACACUGGCGCUGGUAUUAGUACAGCGGCAUCUAUUCCUGAUUACAGAGGAACAAACGGCGUAUGGACCAGGAUGCAACAGGGAAAGGAUAUCGGGAAUCAUGACUUGAGUCAGGCCGAGCCAACGUUAACGCAUAUGGCUUUGUACGCUUUAUAUAAGGCACGUGUAUUGAAACACAUAGUAUCGCAGAAUUGUGAUGGACUUCAUUUGCGCAGUGGUAUACCUCGUACCCUUUUAUCCGAAGUUCAUGGAAAUAUGUACGUAGAAGUAUGUAGAACUUGUAAACCAUCUAGAGAAUAUUGGAGGAUUUUUGACGUUACGGAAAAAACAGCUAGAUAUUCGCACGGAACAGGCAGAUUAUGCCACAAAUGUAAUUCAAUUUUGCAAGAUUCUAUAGUACAUUUUGGCGAAAGAGGAAAUUUGCCAUGGCCAAUUAAUUGGAAUGGUGCUACACGGGCAGCCAAACAAGCCGACGUGAUAUUAUGUUUGGGUUCUAGUCUUAAAGUUUUGAAAAAAUAUCCGUGGCUAUGGCAAAUGGAUAGACCAGUACACAAACGUCCUUCAUUGUAUAUCGUUAAUUUACAAUGGACUCCGAAAGACGAGAACGCUGUUUUGAAGAUAAAUGGAAAGUGUGACGAAGUUAUGAAAAAGAUCAUGGCUCACUUAGGAUUGGAUAUUCCGCAAUACAAUCGUUCAAAAGAUCCGAUAUUUUUUCAUGCUAUAAGACUGCAGACCAGUGAAUUACCGACGACGACCCAGCCAUGCUUGGAGGAGCCUGUAGCAGCGACUGUAAAAAAGUCCCCGCGCCAAAGUACCGAACAAUCUAUCGAGGAUGCCGUACCAGAAACUAAAGAAACCGAAGACUGUAUCACUCCUAUAAGCGUAACCGAUUCUGUGACUGCCUAUUCUGCACCUUUCUUUACUGCAUUGCCUUUUUUAUCUAUGGGAUUACCUUUCCCUCCUAUGUACAUGUAUCCUCAAUUAACUCCAUUAUUUUAUUAUCCAUUCAUACAAAUACCCAAUGUUACGACAGAGACACCAAAACCUAAAGCAGCCUGUUCGUUUUGUAUGGAACACGAAGGGUCCCUUACUUGCCUCUAUUAUCAGCGCGACGGAGACGAUCCCGUAUCAUUAGAAACGGAAAAUGAACAUAUACAGGAAGCGGAGCAAUUAGUUAUCGCCGACGCGCCACUGGCAUCUGCAAAAAAUCCUGGAUGGUUUGGGAAAGGUUAUCGCAAAGGUAUGAAAAAGAAGCGGUAGCAUCCACUCGUAACAGAACGCCACGUAAUGAUUUCCCUUUUUAUUAUUAUUGUACGCUAAUAAGAUAAUGAAUAUUACAAUGGCGUACUUAAGUAUUUAAAGUCUUCAUAUCGUAAAAAAAUAUACUUAGAAAUUUUUCAAUGUAGCGAUUCCGUUCGAAUGUUCAACGCAUGAAUAGAUUCGUCGAGAUUAUCAGUCAGUUUUAAAAUUAUAGAUAGACGUAAUCUCUUUGAGAUUGCUUUUCAUGUUCUUAUUAAUAAGAAAUCUUAGUCAUCUCUAGAUGAUCGAAAUCGAUGCUGAGAAAUUAUUUUAUUAUCGAUAUCAGUUAUUUGAUUCUUUUGCAUUAAGUAGAGAUUUUGAAUAACCGAUUCUAUUUUAUCAAUCAAAUUUGACGACUUUUCUAAGCACUGUAUUAUUAUUUAUAUUUUUAUUUUACGAUUUUAUUUUUUAUUUCGAAAUAAGGAAACGAAAAUAUGUGUAACGCUUCAGUAAAUUAUCAUCGUUUAAAGUUCAAUAUUAUAUGGUAUAAUUAUUCAUUAGCGAUACAUUGAAAUGGCAAGAAUUUGUUAAACUAGUCUUUGAUGCAUUUUACCUUAUUUUUUAAUUAUUUUUUUCGUAUUGCAUAAAGAAUAUUUAAAAAUUCAAAUAACAGAAAUCAAAAUUAAUCUUUAGACGAAGAUCAAAGGAAUUUCGAAAGCAUAACACAUGAAUUAAUUUGCUUUAAUGAAAAGAAGAAAAGCGCUAAAUUCCUCGGAUAUAUAUAUAUAUAUAUAUAUAUAUAUAUAUAUAUAUAUAUAUAUAUUUGUGUGCGUGUGUGUGUGUGUGUGUAUAUAUAUAUAUGUAUUAGGGUGUCCCAUAAGUUUUUUCCGCGCCACGCUCUGUAUGACCUCGAACCGGCUAUGUUACUAAACAUGUAAGUUUAUCUAUUGUCUGUUUAUGGCAUCAAUUUCAGUCGUCUCACAGCUCUUUCAAAGUACGUUUCGUUUGUGACUGUCUCUUUUAAAAUCCUUUUCUACGCCGUUCAAUAUGGAUAGCCAAAAGAAGCAUUCGCGGCAUGUUAUGCUUCAUUGGUUUAAAAAAGGUAAUAGUACACAGGACACUGGAGAAGAGAUUUGCACCGUUUAUGGGAGUGGUACCACGACUAUUAGAACCGUCUGCAAUUGGUUUAAGAAAUUUAGAGUUGUAAUUUUGAUUUGAAAGAUGAAGACUGCAGCGGCCGUCCAACAACGACGGAUACGGACCUCAUCAAGAGUAUGCUCGCUGAAAAUCCGCGAUAUAGUGUGUGCGAGAUAGUGGAUGCCACUAACAUUCCCAGGACAACGGUACAUAAUCAUGUCAUCAAGAUGGGAUAUGUGAAUCGGUAUGAAGUUUGGGUUCCACGCCAAUUGACGGAGACCGACCUUAUGAACCGCAUCUCUAUGUGCGAUUUGCUUUUUUAGCAACAUGAAAAAAAUUCUUUUUUAAAGAGGCUUGUCACUGGUGACGAGAUUUGGAUUUUAUAUCAAAAUUUGCAUCGAAAAUGCACAUUUAGUCUAAGGAAAAUCAACUUUCAACUAUUACGAAGCCAAGACUUCAUCCGAAGAAAGUUCUUUUGUACAUUCGGUGGGACUAGAAAGAUGUAGUAUACUACGAGCUCUUUCCACAAGGUGAAAUGAUCAAUUCUGCAAAAUAUUGCAAUCAACUUGAUAAAUUGAAAGCUGCCAUAGCCGAAAAACGGCCAGAAUUGAUGAAAUGACGAGGUGUCGUUUUUCAUCACAACGCAAGACCGCAUGUUGCAUUGCCCGUAAGACAGAAACUCUUACAGUUUAAUAGGGACGUUCUACCUCAUCCUCCGUACUCCCCAGACCUUGCUCCAUUCGAUUAUUACUUGUUUCUCUCGUUAAAAAAAUUCUCUCCGUGAUAAAUGUUACAAA